CUGCAGGUUUGACAUCUACAGGAAGGUGCCCAAGGACCUUACGCAGCCAACAUACACCGGGGCCAUUAUCUCUAUCUGCUGCUGCCUCUUCAUCCUCUUCCUCUUCCUCUCGGAGCUCACCGGAUUCAUAACGACAGAAGUUGGUCGGACUUGACAUACAGGAUGAGAUGGGCAGGCAUGAGGUGGGGCACAUUGACAACUCGAUGAAGAUCCCACUGAACAACGGGGCCGGCUGCCGCUUUGAGGGGCAAUUCAGCAUCAACAAGGUCCCAGGCAACUUCCACGUGUCUACACACAGUGCCACAGCCCAGCCACAGAACCCGGACAUGACCCAUGUCAUCCACAAGCUCUCCUUUGGGGACACACUGCAGGUCCAGAAUGUCCAUGGAGCUUUCAACGCUCUCGGGGGAGCAGACAGACUCACCUCCAACCCUCUCGCCUCCCACGACUACAUCUUGAAGAUCGUGCCCACGGUUUACGAGGACAAGAGCGGCAAGCAACGGUACUCUUACCAGUACACGGUGGCCAACAAGGAGUACGUAGCCUACAGCCACACAGGCCGCAUCAUUCCCGCCAUCUGGUUCCGCUAUGACCUUAGCCCCAUCACGGUCAAAUACACAGAGAGACGGCAACCUCUGUACAGGUUCAUCACCACGGUUUGUAUUAGUCGGGACUCUGUUACAGAAAAGACAGCCCCACGUCCAGCUGGCUUGAGGGAUCUGUGCCAUUAUCGGUGGGACCUUCACUGUUGCCGGCAUUCUGGACUCCUGUAUCUUCACAGCCUCGGAGGCCUGGAAGAAGAUCCAGCUGGGCAAGAUGCAUUGACGACCCGCCGGCCCAAUGGCCGAGGACCCCGGGAGACUGCCAGCCCUGCUUCCGGCCCCCCAUCUCCUCCUGCCCUCUUAUCUGGCCCAGUAUCUGGCUGCAUCCCAAAGUGGGGGUGGGGGGAGGCAGGGGGCGGCUCACGGUUUCGCAGCUACCUCUUUUCCCCAUCUUUAAUUUGACACGAAUUACAUUGCCUGAAGUCGUGGUGCCCCUUUUCCUGGGGAGCCCCGAGACCACCACAGUCAGGCAAGGGAGGUGCGGGGAUAUUGGGGACCACUCCUGGGAGGGCUGCAGUUCCUUCCCUCUUAGGGGAACAGCCCAGAAUCCACGUCGACCAGCUCACAACCAGGCUUUGACAAUCUCGAAGCUCCCACCAUUUGGACGCACUAAUCACUUGGCCUCUCCCCUGGGGAGCCGGCCUGCAGACCGGGGCUCUCAGCUUUGGACCACACUGCCCUCGGGUACCUCCACUCUGCGCCUUCAAUAAGGAUGGUACUUCCCAGGCAAGUCCCUGGGAUGUGGCGCUAUAGGUGGAACCCUCGCCUUUGCUCCAUCCCUUCUUGUCCAUCUCAGAGCUCAGGCUCAAGUCCCUCACCCCCACCCAUUUCUUUUUCUCCUGAGAAGCAGGCGCCCAGUUGUUGGGUAGCAGCGGUGGAAACUCAGGUCUGCCCGUUGGAAACUGGGUGGGUGGCAAGUUCUCCUUCCUCUCUUCACCUUGUUUCUCUGAAACCCCAUCCCCAUCCCCACCAAUGUGCCUCAGCCCCUGUGCUGUGUGGCAGCAGCAUCUCUUGGUGGAGGGGCUGGUUGUCACUGGGGAAUCAUCCUUUGAAAACCGGACAUGGUCUGUGCACUCAUGUCCAGAUGGAAGGUAUCCUUCUCUGCAGCCCUGAAGUAAUCAUGUCUCACCCUCUCCUGGACAGUUGCCAUCAGUCCCAAGGCCUUAGGUGGGGCAAGCAGAGCAGAUCAGCCCUGUCUUUGGACAUCUACCUUCCAGGCUUCCAGCGGGUGCAUAGCACUCGGACUUCUCUGCAGCUCAGUUGUGGCCCACUUGCCACUGAGGUCCCCCCCCCCAUCAGGGGCCAUAUAGGUUCUUGGUCCCUGGGGACAGCUCCAUUGUCUCCCCACUUGCUCCUGAGGUGGGUCCCUACCCCGCUGCUCACCCUCAUCCUUCCCCUUCAGUCCGGAAAGGGAGCUGCAAUGGUCCAGGCACAAAUGCCACCCCGGGGGAAUUUUAGGUAUGCCCUUGUGUCCCAGGGAGAGAGCCGCCUGCCUGUUUUCCAUUUAUAUCAAGAUUGUUUGCAUACUUUUGUAAUUAAGGGGAGUGUCUGGUGGAAGUUUUUAAAUUAUCUCUAUGGAUAGCUCAAGUCUCUGCCAUUUGUAAGUUUUGGCUCUGGAUUCCAGUUAGAAAAGUGUCCCCUUCUGCAUACGAGUUGACUGAUGUUGUGAGUGCAAACUGCAUUUGGUUAUCUCUGGUAUCUGUGGCCACUUGGAUGGAUUUUUUUUUUUUUUCACCUUCUGUUCCCCAGUUGGAGAAAGGAGUCUCUUUGGUGUGUGAAUACCUGCACCUGUAGAGGGUGGGCAGGGUGGGGUGGGGAAAUGUGUGGCAUGCACAUGAGUUGAAAUUCCACUUUUAUGCUUUUUUCAGAAAAAAAAAUAAUAACUCUUGAGGACAUGGGGGAUGUCAGUUUCCUAUGGAAGAGACACCUCUGACCUGUUUUUCUUAUAAACAAUCUCAAGGGAAAAAAUGGUUUAGUUCUUUCCCCACUCGUUGGGUUCAAAUAGAUUAAAAGGCUGAUUUUCAGAA